ACAAAUUUUGGGAAAUUGUCACAAAGUAUCUGAACUUUUUUCCAACUGAGAGCAAAAAAUUAAAAACCCUAAUCUUCUCCAUUUUGCUGAAUCGAAUGAAUACACCGUCCCCGGCCAAUUCUUCCGCUUCCACCACGGCGGUUGCCGGAAGGUGUAGCACUAACGCCGCACUGUCGCUUGACGAUUUUCGCUUUCCCUCUAAUUUAAUUUCCGUACCAGAGCGCAAGGACGAGGCCAUGACCGCUCUUAAAUCUAAUAUAAUGGCUGCACUGAAUAAGGAGGUCAAAUCCCUAGAUGAUGAUAACUGGAUGUUUGAAGGUCCUCGCUCCCGUAUCAACCUUAUGUCACGACAAGGUGCUAAUUGCCAUGCAAUUCCCUAUCAGGUGGCGCUUUCCUCAAAAAGACACAAGAGAAAAGAAGGUAAUGGAUCAGAUUGAUGAGAAUGAUCUUCAUCUUGGAGAAAUCUUGUGAUUGUGCUGCGACAAUAAGGUUUCAUUUAUUCAAUCAAGUAAUCAAUUCCUCUUUUUCAGUCUAGUUUUUUUUUUUUUUUUUUUGUAGAUGUAAAGAGUUUGCUAAUAAAUACUUGUCCAAAUGAAACCUUGCAAACAUAGAAUUACGUGAAACACUUCUAGCCUCUUGUUUGAAUUGACUUAUCAAGUGCUUAAAAAAAAAUUCCGAGUGAAGAAAAUGUUUUUUUAAGCACUUAAAAAGUCAAUCAAAUAGAUUAUUAACAUUGAUGAAAUGAUUUAAUUCAUCCAUCAGAAAUAUGGAUCCAGUGCAGUUGGCAUCCCAUAAUGGACGAUAGUUCAUAAAAUAUCUCAUAGUAGGCUCGUGGAGAUCUGUACCUUAAUUGAAAUUUAAUGGAAAUUCUUGUGGUAUUUUAUAAA